AUGUUGAGUACCCGUAAUCUCAGGCUAGUAGUUGCCAUAUUUGUGGUCUUUGGCAUCUUUGCGUUUUUCGCAACAUCACAAAACUCCUUUCGGGGCACAGUGCAAAGAGUCGGCAAGAAACCAGCAGCUGCUAGUGAUGCAUCAGUUCAAGAUCCACCGAAAUCGCAAGGAGCUCAGGUAGAUGAGGAUGAAAAGAAUACUCUUCAGGGAAAACCACACUCGGGAACAAAACCACCUUAUGAAAAAGUUGAUAAUUCAGGCUCGAACAUAGCUGAAAAGUUGGGAGACAAAUCACCCGCAACUCAAGGAGAUGACAAACCACCCGCAACUCAAGGAGAUGACAAACCACCCGCAACUCAAGGAGAUGACAAACCACCCGCAACUCAAGGAGAUGACAAACCACCCGCAACUCAAGGAGAUGACAAACCACCCGCAACUCAAGGAGAUGACAAACCACCCGCAACUCAAGAAGGUGAGAAAAUAACGACUCCAAAGGAGGUGGGCAUGAAUAAAGAAUGCAACGAGGUUGAUUAUGUUGUCAUGAUUGAUGCCGGAAGUACAGGAUCUCGUGUUCAUGUGUACGAGUUUAACACAUGCACCCAACCUCCAAAGUUGUUGUCGGAAGAAUUCAAGAUGCUCAAGCCUGGUUUGAGUUCAUUUGAUACCGAUACUGAUGGGGCUGCUAAAUCAUUGGACCCAUUAUUAGAGGUUGCAUUGGCAAAAGUACCCAAAGAGAAGCAAAAAUGUACACCAGUUGCAGUGAAAGCGACAGCUGGUUUAAGAUUACUCGGAGAUGCUAAAUCAGCUGCCAUUUUGAAACAAGUGAAGAAACACUUGGAAGAAGACUAUCCAUUUGCUGUUGUCUCGGGAGAUGGAAUUUCAAUUUUGGAUGGAAAGGAUGAAGGUGUGUAUGCGUGGGUUACUGCAAACUUUUUACUAGGAAACAUUGGGAACAAAGAUAAGUUGCCCACUGCAGCAGUUUUUGAUCUAGGCGGAGGCUCUACACAGAUUGUGUUUGAACCUGACUACAAGGAUCAAUUACCAGUUGAAGGAGAAACCCAAUACAAGUUUACUUUUGGUGACCACGAGUUCACUCUUUAUCAAUUCAGUCACUUGGGAUACGGCUUAAUGCAGGGAAGAAAUAAGAUCAACAAAUUGGUUUUGGAGAACUACUUAAAAAAGGCCCAGUUGACCAAGUUUUCGAGUAAGAAGGAGGCCAAGGAGGCCAAAGCAGAGGUAGACAUAACCAACCCUUGUAUCCCUCCCAACUCUGUCGCCAAAGAUGUACAGGUUGAAGUUUCCGAAAAUGAAAUCUAUGUGGUCAAUAUGAAGGGCCCAUCACAAGCCACAGGUUCACAAUGUCGUUUCCUUGCCGAACAAGUACUCAACAAAGACGCUACAUGUGACGUCAAGCCCUGUUCAUUCAACGGUAUUCACCAACCUUCAUUGACGCAUGCAUUCAAUAAGAAUUCUGACAUGUUUGUCUUUUCAUUCUUUUACGAUAGAACAAAUCCAAUCGGGAUGCCAUCGAGCUUUACUGUUGAGGAGUUGAGAGAUUUAACCAAAUCUGUUUGUGAAGGCGAGUCAUUGUGGCGUGAUGUAUUCUUUGAUGACCAUGUAAAUAACUUGACCAAAGAGCCUCAAUGGUGUUUGGAUCUUAGUUUUAUCACCGCUAUGUUGCAUACCGGGUACGACAUUCCCUUGAGCAGAGAACUUAAAACAGCCCAAAAGAUAGAUAAUAACGAGUUGGGUUGGUGCUUGGGUGCGUCAUUGCCAUUGUUGGAUAAAAGUAGUGGAUUAUGGCAAUGUAGAUCUUAG